CUCGUCUUAUUCCGGUGCACAUAUGUCUUUGCAUCUGGGGAGACGGGUUGUGACACAGACGGGUAGCGCUAUGUUGUACAAUGUGAGGUUAAAAGAGCUGGUUUGCUCUUAUUUUGGCUUUCUGCUGUUUUUAGUGGGACUCCAUCAAGCCGAAGGGGCCGCGACAGAAAUGGCAAACCUGAACUGGAAGCCGUUUGUCUAUGGGGGAAUGGCCUCAAUUGUCGCAGAAUUUGGUACGUUCCCCAUUGAUCUCACAAAAACGCGGCUUCAGGUUCAAGGGCAGACGCACUGUAUGGAGGUUCGAUACCGUGGGAUGUUCCAUGCUUUGUUAAGGAUUGGACGAGAGGAAGGCGUCCGGGCAUUGUACUCCGGAAUUUCACCUGCCCUUCUCCGACAAGCUUCUUAUGGCACGAUCAAGAUCGGUACAUACAACACACUAAAGAAACUGUUUGUCAGCCAUCCAGAAGAAGAGACGAUGGUGAUUAAUGUGUUUUGUGGUGUGGUGUCAGGAGUUUUGUCUUCCUCUUUGGCAAAUCCAACUGAUGUGCUGAAGAUUCGCAUGCAGGCUCAGGGCAGUCUGUUACAGGGCAGUAUGAUGUCCAACUUCAUGAACAUCUACCAGACGGAGGGCACACGAGGCCUGUGGAGGGGUGUUAUUCCUACUGCACAGAGGGCAGCCAUCGUGGUCGGUGUGGAGCUGCCAGUCUAUGACAUCACCAAGAAACAUCUGAUCCGUUCAGGCCUCAUGGGAGACACGGUGUUAACUCAUUUCAUUUCCAGUUUCACGUGUGGCCUGGCAGGCGCUCUGGCCUCUAAUCCGGUGGAUGUGGUGAGGACGCGGAUGAUGAAUCAGCGUGUGCUCGCCGGUAACCCUCUGUACAAGGGCACGCUGGACGGACUCAUGCAGACCUGGAGAAAUGAAGGCUUUUUCGCUCUCUAUAAAGGCUUCUGGCCUAACUGGCUGCGUCUGGGGCCGUGGAACAUCAUCUUCUUCAUGACCUUCGAGCAGCUGAAGAAGCUUCCAUUGUAGCCGAAUCUACAACAUCUCUGAAACGUGUGUGUUUGUGUGCUUGUUUGUGUGUGUAUGGGGCUUCUGUCUCUCAGCAUUCACCAUCCCUUCAUCUACGAGUAUGUUUAUUUAAGAACUUGUUUUAUUCUGUUCUCAUUUGUGUUGUACAUACUUGACGUAUUUAAACGCUCUCCUUUUUGCACCUAAAUGCUUUAUUUUUGACUCCUGGCAGCUACCGUAUCGCUUCCGUCAGCUGUUUUACAGGCCCAGUGGUGUUUUAAUAUAUGCUUGGUCAGCUAGGAGCCGCACUGGUGAAUAUUUGAGGUAAAGGGCUUUAGCUUAAACUGGAAAACCACCAGGCAUAGUUUUCUCCACACUGGCUUGAGAGUCCGGCUUAAUAGCACAGUUGUCAAAGUUACUGAAGACACGUCCAUUAGGUUGGGAUAUAAAGCAAUACUUUGGGGUUUACCUCCAUGCAAGCAGAUGUUUUACAUCUUAGCCCUGAGGAAUAUUUGAGGUCGGCAGACUCCAAAUCAGACUUUUCGCAUAUAGACACGACUUCAUGAGGAAUGUUGUUUUACUGUAUAUGUAAACUGUUGAUAUGAUGGGAAUCAUCAAUGUUACAAAGUUUAAUACAGCCAAAAUUAUUACCAAAGGUAAUAUAGUGAUGUGACCUUCAUAUCCUGGAACUUUGAGUUCAGUGGCUCUUAUUCAUCAUAAAACAAAAGCAAAUUUCAGUGUCGUUGAAAUGAAUAGUUCAACCAAAAAUGAAUGAAAGGUUUGUUGCAAAUGUACUGACCUUCGGCUAGUUCAAGUUGUAGGUGACUUCCUUUCUUUAGUAGAUUUGAUUGUGAUGGUGAUUCAUAUAUUGAAAGUCAAUGACUACUAGUACUUAUAUAUUCCCAAACCCCCCCAAACAAGCAAAUGCAGGCCUUAUGAAGUGAAAUAGUUGGGAAGAAACUGGACACUAUUUACAACAAUAUAACCUUUUAUCUACAGCCUCAGCAAAAAGAGCUGAGCUCAUUCAUGACUUUAAAGAGUGCCAGAUUUCUGUCAUGUAAAGAUGUAUACAGGUAUGUGAACUCUGUAUGUUUACUAUAGAGAGGGAUGAUAUGUGCAUUGUAUUGAUCACCAAAAUGGUACUUAUUUGUAGAAUCCCAACGUUUAUUAAACCUCAUUGCACUAUGAUGUGCGCUCACCAGACUCAAACUUAAAAUAGUAGGUUUUUUUCUGCUAUGUAAGUCAAUAGUUGGAGGUUUCCAACAUUCUUUGUGUUCAACAGAACAAAGAAACUCAAACUAGUUUGGAACGAGUGACGAGUGAGACGAGUAAAAAACGACAGAAUAUCUAUUUGGGCAUGAACGUUUCCUUAAGUGGUUCUAAUCUUUUAUGAAUUAGUCUUCUGUUGAACACAAAGAAUAAUAUAUUAAAUUGUCAUCUGUAGUAGUAAAAACAAAUACUGAAGAAGACAGUGGCUUCAACAGAAGAUUGAAAGUCAACCUGGUUUGGAUCGAGUGAAUUAUUGCUUUAUUUUUUGACAAUUUUUGUAAUCUAACCAUUGAUUUUGCUUAGACUGAGUGUUGUAAAUAAUAUUCAGUUUAUUGCACAGAUUAAUCAAUUUGUUUUGGAAGUCCUCAUUAAUAUUGUCAGGAGCCAUGGUUAUUAAUGUUGAUUUAACUCUAUAUAUAUUUUUUUUACUCUCAAAGUGCUGUAUGUAUUAAUUUGCAUUAUAUGAUUCACCAAGGACUACAGUUUAAGCUAAGAAUCUUAAAUAAUGUUCCCCUGAAGAAAAAGUGUCACCCACACACCUUUGGUGAACUGAGUAAAGGAAAUUAAGAAUUAACUUAAUCCCUUUAAAUCUUUAUCAGACAGAAAAAAAUUCUGGCUGUGUAUGUUUCAGUGUAUUAUAAGGCCUGUAUUAUGUUUAAAGAUUUAUUUCACCUAAAAAUUUAAAUUAUUAAUUAUUCACCCUAAUGUCCUUCCAAACCUCAGAGACUGUGUUUGGAAAACACAUUAAAGUGUUUUUGAUGAAAUUUGUGAGCUCCCUCAUCCUCCAUAGACAGCAACAGUCCUGAGUUGUUCAGAAAAAUACCAAAAAAAAAAAAAAAAAAUUCAUUCUCAAAACAGUCUGUAUGCCUUCAAUGGUUUAAUUGUAAUAUUAUUAAGCUAUUAGAAUAUUUUUUAUUUGCACAUGAAACAAAAAUAAUGUCUUUAUUCAACAUUUUCUUUUUCACAGUUUCAGCAUGAGGCAUGCGACAUGAACGUGCACACUAUACUGACACUGAGAAGAAGAAACCCUUGAAUAAAGUCUUCAUAAUUUUUGUUUUAUGUGCACACAAGUAUUCUCAUAUAGCUUGAGAAUAGUCCAACUGUAGGCAUAUCGUCUGUUUUGAGGAUGCUUUUUUUUUUCAGGACUCUGAUCAAGUCAGGAAUCUUGCUGUCAACGCAGGAUGAGAUUCAGUGAAGCUCUAAGAUUUAAUCUAAAAUAUCCUAAUUUGUGUUGUGAAGAUGAGCGUGAAUGUUUCCCUGGACUGGCGCGUAAUCAAUAACGUUCAUUUCAUUUUUGGGUGAACUAACCCUUUAAGAUCUGGGUCAGGAGUUUUUUUUUUUUAAUCUUUAUUUGCUUGAACAUGCACUGCAUUUAAAGCAUUUGUGAUUAUUGCACAAGAUCUGUACUGUUUUAUUUGACUUUUUUUCUUGCUUUUUGUUGCAGCAAGGUCUUUAUUGCCAUGCAUUUAUUGUGUGUGUAUGUGUGUGUGUGCGCGCGUGUGUGCGUGUGUUCUGAGAAGCACAUGUAAAAUGUCAAAUAUUUUGGCAGCUGUGUGUAAAUACUGCUUCUGUAUGAUAGAAUAAAAUAAUAGCAUAUAGUUUUUUUUGUUUUGUUUUUUCGUUUUAAAUCGGAUUUUGUGGAAAAAGGGGUUCGGUAUAGUAUUUUGGGUGCUUGCCUCUUUGCCAAAGUGUACAUGUAUUGAACCAGAGCUGCACUGUUAAUGCUGAGUUUUUAAAAGUGACACAUUAUUAUAAUUAUUAUUAAUGUUAUGAUCGGGAAAAGUACUGUUACAUAUUUAUCACUGUAUUUCGUCAACAUAUUUCAAGCCUUACCACUUCCUGCUUUUAUAUGUAUGCCUUUGCCUGAUUGUUUCAUGCCUCUCGGUGUGCAAGCCAAACAUUCUGCUAUGAUUUUACUUUGCUCUGUUGUUCUUUUAACAUGCUCCUAAGCAAAUUCAAUUGUACUGUAAAUCUUUAAGCAAACAUUCUUGAUUAAGUUAUAUUAUGACUGAAAGGGGACAUGUUUAAAAGGUUUAAUGUACUGUAUGUAACUGAUGGGUCAUUCUAAGGGGUUUACCUGUUUGAUACACUUCCUUCCAGAUCUUUCUCAGACUUUGGCUUUCGCUAGAUUGGUGAAUUCAGCAUGGUGCAUGCUAUAUUCUUCUGAAAAUGCUUAUUUCAUUACAUGUAGCAAAGACCAAGAACCACAUUAACCCCCCAUAUGCCAGUGUUUUUACUUUGAUUUAGCCCACAAAUCAUAUUUUUUUAUUUAUUUAGGGAAUAUUUUAUUCAUGCUGUUAUUGUUUGAUUUCUUUUAUAGAGGUACUUUGGAUUUGUUGUUAAUUUAAAUGCAGAAUGUUUCAUACAUUGAGGAAGAUGAUAGUUUAUUGCCCCAUCUCAGCUAUUUAUUUGAUAAAUGAGAUGAUGGAAAUAAGCGGAAUGAAAUUUAUGGUGUAUAAUAAUACGCACUAACACAGUUUGGAAAUGCCAAAAUCAAAUACUACAGUAUAUAAUGUAGUAACAUUCAUCCCCUAACACUAUUUUGACUUGUUUUUUUAUCAUUCUUUUCCGUUUCAGAAUGCAGCAAUAGCCACAUUUGCUUGCCAUUGCCAAAUUUAAUUGUGAUCCACUGUUUGGUUAAGUGUCUCUGGGAAACACGGACAUUAUUUAUGAUCUGUUGCUUGAAUAGACAAUGAAUUGUAUUACAAAUGCCUGUUUUUUUUUUUUGUGGUUGGUUUGACUUAUUUCUCUUUGUCUGAUAUAACUGCACCCUGACAAUAAAUACAAUGUUCACUGAA